AUGUCGAUUAGUUCUGUUAUUAAAGAUAUUAAAGGACGUCUUGACGGAAAAGUUGCUAUAAUUACUGGUGGUGGGAGUGGUAUCGGAUAUGAGUCCGCUAUUCUAUUUGCAAGAGAAGGUGCCUUUGUUGUUAUCGCUGAUAAUGAUCUCAAGGUCGCUGAAGCUUGUGUAGAAAGGAUAAAGGAAAAAUUCCCAAUGCAUGUUCGAAAACGUGCACUUGCUUAUAAAGUGGAUGUUACCAAAGAAGAAGAAGUAAAGAAAUUGGUCGAGGCUACUUUGAAAGAAUUUGGAAAACUUGAUAUAUUGUUCAAUUGUGCAGAAGUAAUUCAUCCUCAUGAUGACAAUUGUCUAAACACUGAUGAGAAAGUCUGGGAUGUUACCAUGAAUACGAAUGUUAAAGGUGUUUGGUAUGGUUGUAAAUAUGCUAUUGAAGCAAUGCGAAGAAAUUCAGGUUGUAAAGGAAGCAUUAUUAAUAUGGCGAGCUAUGUUGGUUUCUUAGGAUCUGCAACUCCUCAAAUAUCUUAUACUGCUUCAAAGGGUGCCGUUAUUGCUUUGAGCCGUGAAUUGGCUGUUACUCAUGCUCGUGAAAACAUUCGUGUCAAUACAAUAUGUCCUGGCCCAUUACGUACUCCAGAGUUGAUGAAUUUACUUAACACUGAUGACAAGAAGAACCGACGUCUUUGUCAUAUACCAAUUGGACGAUUCGGUGAACCAAUUGAAUCUGCUCAAGUGGCCUUAUUCUUGGCAUCAGAUGAAUCAUCUUAUGUUACAGGAACUGAAAUAAAGAUUGACGGAGGUCUUACCGCAGCAUAUGUGACUUCCGAGGAAGCUUCUACCAGUCAACCACCCAAGAACUAUUUCAAAACAUCAGAAAAGAAAUAA